AUGUCUGACCUUUCAGAUACGCUGAAAUUUGAGAGUGAGAAGCACCAAGACAUUCUUUUGUGGAACUACAGAGAUACAUUCUUCAACUUGUCUCUGAAAGAAGUACUCUUUCUCAGGUGGGUGAGCACUUCCUGUCCAAAUGCCGAGUUCGUGUUCAAGGGCGAUGAUGAUGUUUUUGUGAACACCCAUCAUCACCUGAAUUACUUGAAUAGCUUAUCUGGGAACAAAGCCAAAGAUUUGUUUAUUGGUGACGUGAUUCAUAAUGCUGGAACUCAUCAGGAUAAGAAACUCAAGUACUACAUCCCAGAAGUUGUUUACACUGGCGUCUACCCGCCUUAUGCAGGAGGAGGCGGAUUCCUCUACUCCGGCCACCUGGCCCUGAGACUGUACAAUGUGACUGAUCGGGUCCUUCUCUACUCCAUCGAUGAUGUUUAUACUGGAAUGUGCCUUCAGAAACUCAGCCUCGCUCCAGAGAGACACAAAGGCUUCAGGACAUUUGAUAUAGAAGAGAAAAGUAGGAGUAACAUUUGUUCCUAUGUAGACGUGAUGUUGGUACAUAGUAGAAAACCUCAAGAGAUGAUUGAUAUUUGGUCUCGGUUGCAGAGUGCUCAUUUAAAAUGCUGA